ACAUUUCGGUUUAAGGUCUGAGAAAAAUAACGGUGUUGGGUUUUGUUUUAUUUUUUUCUAUACAAGUUUAUCUGCUGAUGUGCUAACGAAAAACCCGCACUGAGACAUGGGAAAGCGGGAGUGGUCGUGUGGGAAUUAGCUUAGAGGCACAUGCUCAUGCCCGCCUCCUCCACUUUUCCAGACCAAGGCGUAGAGGGCCACUGAAGGCGUAGGGGCGGGUCCAAGGCUAGACAGAGGCGUGCUGCGUCAUGACGCCAGAAAGAUGGCGGCCCCCUGCAGCCUCCGGUUACUACCUGGUCGCUGUUGAGUUUCAGCACCAUUGGUAUCCCAGGCACAGCGUUUGGCAGCGGCGUUCUCUGCCCAGCUCUCACCAUGUUCCCCUUCGGCCGCUGGUGCCACAGGGUUGCGGCUCGCCUCAGCAAACAGCCCCCGGCGCCGGCCCGCUCCUGCGGAGGCAACGCUGUGCCGCACUACGACGUGGUGGUCAUUGGCGGGGGGCACGCAGGGACAGAGGCGGCGGCGGCCGCUGCUCGCUGUGGCUCCCGGACUCUUUUGCUUACGCACCGUGUGGAUACCAUCGGUCAGAUGUCAUGCAAUCCCUCCUUUGGAGGCAUUGGGAAAGGGCAUUUAAUGAGGGAAGUGGAUGCCUUGGAUGGCCUGUGUUCUCGGAUCUGUGAUCAGUCUGGCAUACAUUAUAAAGUGCUGAACCGGAGUAAGGGACCAGCAGUAUGGGGUCUCCGUGCUCAGAUUGAUAGGAAACUUUAUAAGCAGAAGAUGCAGGAGGAAAUUUUGACUACACCUCUGCUAACUGUUCAAGAGUCAGCUGUGGAAGAUCUUCUUCUUAUGGAACCAGACUUAGACCACCCUGGAAAAUGUCGUGUCAGUGGUGUUGUGUUAGAGGAUGGAAGCAGAGUGCAUGCUGAAAGUGUUAUCCUAACUACAGGCACAUUUCUGAGAGGAAUGAUGCUAAUUGGAUUGGAAUCAUAUCCAGCAGGGCGUCUAGGAGAUCGACCUUCUAUUGGCCUGGCUCAGACUUUGGAAAAAUUGGGGUUUGUUGUGGGGAGGUUGAAGACAGGGACACCACCCCGAAUUGCCAAAGAUUCUAUUAAUUUUAGCAUCCUGAAUAAGCAGAUGCCUGACAACCCAUCUGUACCAUUCAGCUUUCUCAAUGAAGCAGUUUGGAUUAGGCCAGAAGACCAACUGCCAUGUUAUUUAACACACACCAACUCAAGAGUUGAUCAGAUUGUUAAAGAGACCAUUCAUCUUAAUACGCAUGUAAAGGAAACUACCAAAGGACCCCGAUAUUGUCCUUCAAUUGAGUCAAAGGUUUUGCGUUUUCCAAACCGUAUACAUCAAGUUUGGUUGGAACCAGAAGGAAUGGAUUCUGAUCUCAUCUAUCCACAAGGACUUUCUAUGACACUACCACCUAAUGUUCAAGAACAACUGAUCACAUCUAUCAGAGGCUUGGAGAAAGCCAAGAUUGUACAGCCAGGUUAUGGUGUUCAGUAUGAUUUCUUGGACCCCCGUCAGAUCACUCCUUCUCUUGAGACUCUUUUGGUUCAGCGGCUUUUCUUUGCUGGACAAAUAAAUGGUACUACUGGUUAUGAAGAAGCAGCAGCCCAAGGUAUAAUAGCUGGAAUAAAUGCCAGUCUUCGGGUCAAUGGCAAACCUCCAUUUAUCAUUAGCCGCACAGAGGGCUAUAUUGGGGUCUUGAUUGAUGAUCUUACCACACUGGGCACCAGUGAACCAUAUCGAAUGUUUACUAGCCGAGUGGAGUUCCGUUUGUCUCUACGGCCUGAUAAUGCAGAUAGCAGGCUUACUUUCCGAGGCUACAAGGAAACUGGCUGUGUAUCCCAGCAAAGGUACAAUAGAGCUUCUUUGAUGAAAUCUUCUUUAGAAGAAGGAAUUUCAGUGCUGAAAUCUCUCCAAUUUUCUGGCUAUAAAUGGAAAAAAUUGAUUCCAGAGGCCCCAGUCAGCAUUUUUAAAAGUGACCCUCAAAGUGCUCUGGACAUUUUGAAAUAUGAAGAAGUUGACAUGACAAUGUUAGCAAAGGUUCUUCCAGAACCCUUGAAAAAGUUUGCUGAAUGCCAAGAACUAAUGAACAGGCUGAAAAUAGAAGCCACUUAUGAAUUAAGCCUGAUUCUUCAGCAACAGGAAAUAGAGGAAGUUCAACGAGAUGAAGCCCUUCAGCUCCCGGAAGAUCUGGAUUACUUAACUAUCAGAGAUGUUUCCUUGUCUGAUGAAGUUCGAGAGAAGCUACAUUCCAGUCGUCCACAGACAAUUGGAGCUGCUAGUCGAAUACCUGGGAUGACUCCUGCUGCCAUUUUAAAUCUUCUCAGAUUUGUAAAGACUACCAAGCAAAAAGAGGAAUCUGUAGAUAAACUCUCACUAAGUGGUCAAAGCUUAAGUGAAACAGACAGACUUCAAAAGAUAGAAUUAUAACAUUUUAUUUAUAGAAGAAUUUCUGAAGGACUGCUAAUGCAGUUUCUUAAAGGAAAAUAUAAGAACUAAUGUCUAACAGCUAUCAAAGUAUAAUGUAUAUACUCUAUUAGAUCAUUGUGGGAUAAUUUCAAUAGAAGAACUAAAAAGUAUCCUUUUAAGUAACUUGAAUUAUGGUUUUGAAGAGAUAGUUAAGAAGAAACUAUUCAAGAAAAUUGGAAAGUCUUAUAUGAAUCAAAUGCAAGGGGAAGUGAGAACGAUUUAUACAAUGACAACAGCAUUAUAGAGAAAAAAACUUUGAGAGACAUGAGAAUUCUGGUCAAGGCAAUGAUAGACCAUGAUUCCAGAGGAAUGAAGAUGAAGCCCCCCUAACCUCCCCUUAGCCGAUACAAUUCCUCUGGGUUUUACAUGUGUCAUUGAUCAAGGCCUAAUACCCACUUUUUUUUAACAGAAUGAUGAUGAACUAAAAAUAGGUAAUGAAACAUGCAUUUCUGAACAUUAGCCCCAUGAAGGAACUUGUCUUUGCUAUUUAAAAGGUUUUGGGUUUUUUCUUUUUGUUUGUUCAAUAGAGGAAGGAAAUGUUGAAAAUCUUUUAUUAGAUAAACCAAUUUACAUGACCUCUAAGUCCUAUGUCCAAUUUUGUAGUGAUGUGACAAACCCAAAGUUCAGUGUUACUCCUUCCCAGAGCACCUUAUUCUCUGAGAAAUGCUUGAGAAUUGCCUUUUUUUUGGUAAUUUCUAGAACCUAAUUCACCUCCAAUUUUAGCUUUUGAACUUCCUUUGACACUCUGUACUGCACUUCUGUGCCAUUUGGCUCAAGGGUGCACUAAAUUGCUUUUUAUGUUUUACAUGUUGCUAUAUUUAGGUUCCUAGACCACAAAUGUCUUAGGAAAAUCCACAGAAAUUCCUAUGGUCACUUCACUCAACACCAACUGCUCCAUGGAAUUCUUUAUAUCUUUCUUACAACAUUGACCAGAUUAUCACAGGAGUUUGCUGCACUCGUGAUUUCCUUCAUAUACCACAUGCCACUGCUAAGUAGUUGGGAAUUGGCCAGGUAUUAAAGUUCUCUGAGAAAAUAAAAAGCAGAAACAACUGAAAAAUA